UUAUGAGUGGUUUGUUAGCCAGGACUAAGGCAGAAGCCCUUCAAGAGCGGACCUUCUAGCCAAUCAGCGCUGUACUGUCUGAAGUCAGCAGCCAAUCAGAUAAGAGCUGGAUGAGAACGCUUGUAUUAGAAGGCAGAGACUGUAGUGAGAAGAGAGCACAUUUCCCAGGGAAAUGUUACAACGUCCACCAUCUCUAGGGCAUGCUAGCCACGCCCAUAAACUUAGGGUAAUCAUUUUUGGCCUCAUCUUCUGAAGCUGCGCGUCAGUUGUCGCUAGGAGACCGGAGAUCUGUAACUGCUGCUGAUCGGUGCUUUUGAGAUUUGACGAGACUGAAGACAACCACAACCUCGCAGCAAUGUCUAAUGUAGAAUCUGGUGCCUUCAACUCUGAAGUUAAACCAAAAUCAAUGACUCGUGCAAAGCAGUGGACGGACGAGAUAGAAAACCUGUACAGAUUCCAAACCGCUGGCUACAGAGAUGAAGUGGAAUACAGGCAUAUAAAGCAAGUGGCUAUGGUGGAUCGCUGGCCGGUCACCGGAUUUGUGAAAAAGUUGCAGAGGAAAGACAAUACAUUUUAUUACUACAACAAGAGCAGAGAAUGUGAAGACAAAGAAGUCCAUAAAGUAAAAGUGUAUGUCUACUAAAUAAAUGUCCACACCUUG